AUGGAGGAUGCGCCCGAGGUGGUGCGUGUCCUGGGGUGCCACCUCCUCCGCCGCCUGAGCGUCAAUCGGCCCGCCGACGACAACGUGCUCGUCUGCCCGUUCGGCGUCGUGGCCGUCCUGUCCUUGGCCAUGGCCGGCGCCCAGCGAUCCACCGAGCGCGAGAUGGCCAGCGCGCUCCUCACCAAGGUUCCGCAGUUCCACAAGUCCAUGCGGCGACUGCUGGUCUUGCCGUCGCCGGGCAGCCCGCCGCCGGAGGAAGAGCACCACGUCUUCCGGAUGGCCAACCGAAUCCUGCUGACCAGCGCCCUGCCGCUCACGGACUCCUUCCGCAAGAUCGGGGAGCGCGUGUACCACACCCUGGUGUCCCAGGCCAACUUCUCCCAGAGGCCCGGCGAGGAGCGCAGGCUUAUCGAAAUGUGGGCCGAGUGUAACACGGGAGUGAGGGGCGCUCUUCCAGCAAGCUGCUCGCUGGACGCAUCCACGCGCAUGGUGCUGCUCAGCGUGGUCUGGCUGAACACGCUGUGGAAGCACGGCUUCCAGAGGCCCACAGCCACGCGGAGGCCCUUCGACGGAAGCACGGCCUGGGUGACGACCAUGUGCAACACGGCCACCUACGGCUACGCCUGCCUGCAGGAGCCCGCCCUGAGUGCCGUGGACUUGCCGCUCAUGUGCGACGGUUUCUCCGUCACAAUCCUCCUGCCGCAGACGUCGCUCAACGAGCUCUGUGACAGCAUAACUUCAGAGGUCCUGCAGCAGGUCUUCGAGGCCGUGAGCAGAACGCGUCGUCGCAUGCGACUCGAGCUUCCCAAGUUCACGGCCGCCUUCGAGACGGAGUUGGGCGACGUGCUGAGGGACCUCGGCAUCCGCGAGGCCUUCACGGACGAGGCUAACUUCAGUACCGUGACCACGGCCACUCCCGUCAGCCUCACCUGGGUCGUGCACAAGCUUGAGCUGUCCGUGAACGAGGGCGUCUCGACGAUCACCUCGACCCCGCGCAGCAACAGCGAGAGGGACGCGGCGGCGCCGCACGAGCUCGAGUUCCUCGUGAACCGUCCAUUCGUCAUCUGCGUCCGGAAACUCGACAUACUCGUACUGCUGGGUUGCGUGCGUAGGAUACAGGAGGCCCGAUGA